AUGUGGUUUUUUAGGAGAAAACUUCCUAGAAUUCCCAGAGUCCUCAUUUGGCUCAUUGUUUUAACACAUGUUUGCGUCCUCAUUGCUAAUUUCAGCUCUUUGUUUGGCCUGACAGAGACAAGGUUUUUCAGAUCAUUGAGCAUCUUCCAACGUGCACAAAGUACGCUACAAGUGGACACCUGAGAGCAACUGGGUUCAUGCUAUUCUGAUCAUGGAAACGCAAAGAGCUUUUUAAAGGUGACUUUGAGGAGAAACAUCAAAAGGCUCAAACAAGAUAAUGUUGAGAGGACACUAAGAUGGGAAGGAAAGGAGGAGCAGAAGAAAACGGCAAAAGUGGUUGCCAGGGUAAAGAAUGCCAAGGAGAACAUGACUAUGAAAGCACCCCCAUGGCUGGAGGGAAUCAGGAACGCAACAGUGAAAACAGCCCCCAGGGUGCAGGGAAACAAGGAGAAAACAACAGUGAGACCAGCCCCAGGGGUGGAAAAAGCCAAGGAAGAGACAAUAGUGAAACCACUUCCUAAGAUGGAGGGAGCUGAGGAGAAAUCAAUAGUGAAGCCAUCCUCUGGGAUGAAGGAAGCUCAUGGAAACGACAUAUCCAUAGACCAAACAAAGCCAAGAGAUCCUCUUGCAUCACUGAAAACUGCAAAACCUGUUCCUCAGGCUGCUGCAGUGACAGAAAAGCAGAAACUGAGGGCUGCUGACUUCAAGUCUGAGCUGCAGUGGGAUUUUGAGGACAAGUACCUGCUGGACAACUCAUCUCCACCAUCGACCUGCUCUGAAUCAGUGAAGGCAAAAUCUGCCAAGUCUGUCUGGCUGCGAGAUCUUUUCCUGCCCAAUGUCAUGCUCUUCACAGACAAGAUAGUCAGUGUCAGUGAGUGGGACCGCCUGGAGCAUUUUUCACCUCCAUAUGGCUUCAUGGAGCUGAAUUAUUCAUUGGUGCAGGAAGUCAUGUCCCUGCUGCCCCCAAAUCGCCACCAGCAGCUGCUCCUGGCCAACAGCAACAGCAGCCUGCCGACAUGCAUCAACUGUGCUGUGGUGGGCAACGGAGUAUUGAAUAACUCUGGGAUGGGCUGGGAGAUUGACUCCCAUGACUACGUCUUCCGGGUGAGCGGGGCUGUAAUCAAAGGUUACGAAAAAGAUGUGGGAACAAAAACCUCCUUUUAUGGAUUCACAGCCUACUCCCUGGUGACUUCUCUGCAGAUCUUGGGACACAGAGGGUUCAGCAACAUCCCACAGGGAAAACACAUCAGAUACAUUCACUUCUUGGAGGGAGCUAGAGACUAUGAGUGCCUGAAGGCUCUUCUGCUGAACAAGAACAUCAGCAAAGAAUUCUUGAACGACUACGGGCAGAGGCCCCGGGAGAGAUUUGAUGAAGAUUUCACGAUGGGCAGAUACCUCGUGGUUCACCCUGAUUUCCUCAGAUAUGUGAAAAACAGCCCAGGCUUCAUCCUCUCAUGGUGACCCAGGUCCAACAUCCACUACCCCAGUGGGACGUGGCCGGUGUUGCCACCACUGCCAGCCGUGAGGCACAGACCUGCUCCAGGACAUCACCACUGAUGCAGCCUGGGCACUUCGUGGAUGCCGGCACGGUGCCCAAUAUUCCCAGAGGACUAGGGCUGGCGACUGGGGGCUUUGCAGGGAUGCGAGCGAACAGAGACUGAAGCAAAUUCAUAGGGAAUUCUUUUUGCAUUUAUUUUCUUUGAAUGAGCAGCAUCAUUGGAAAUGGGUCUGGGCGGGCAGGAAUGGAGCCGGGGGAACAAGAAGUGUUGGGUAAAAUACAGCCCCCAAUACACCAACCCCAGGGGUGUGUGGGUGGGAGUCGGGAUCUUAGAAUGGGGGUUGUUCCCUGGGUUUCUGGAUCUGAAUUUACAGCAGCUGGUGUCUGGGGAGGGGCUGGAAGUGAGUGACCCCCUUGGGGCACCAUGUGGGUGCUUGUGGAGAUGGUGCAGGGCUCACCAUGCUGCUGCUCCCGAGGCUGGAGGCUUCCUAAACAUCCAACCCCCUCCCGGAAUCCCUGCAGAUCAACUGAAACCACUUGUUUUCCCUGCUGGGUCCCUUCCCCCACUGUUACAAACAUUUGGUAUGCAUACCCUUUAGUUCGCAGGGCUGUUUUCUUUGUUUAUGGGAGUUUAACUAAAAUAAUGUGGAAAUAUUCUUUCAAAAGAGAAACCGAAGCAUUUCCUUUCCAAAAAUGUCAAAAUGCUUCAUUCGGAUUUCCCUAAAAAACCCACAAACCUGUUUUUCCUUUCCCCCAGCCUCAAUUAUUUGUUGCACUCAACACAAAGCCCUGAAAGGUUUUGUUUGCUGCAAAACCACGUUGUGGAGGAGAGAGCUGUUCAGCUAAAAAGCAGGCAGGGACCCAAAAGCAGCAUCGCACCACUGUUCUCCCCUUCUCCUCUUUUGCACCAGAUUUGAUCCCGCGGCGGCGGGUUUGCCAGUGAGCAGCUCGGUGUGGGAACAUGCUGCGGUGCUGCCAUCGAGCACCCUAGGGCCAGAGCCCGGCUUUGCUUUGGAUCUUGGAAUUUGUGAUCAGCUUCUCCUGGCCAGCAGAUGCCUGGGUGGCGACGGCACCGUGGGGUUGCCGUGUGUCGGUGUGGGCUGCGCGUGCUGCCAGUGGUGAAGGAGCUGGUGGCGAGAGCGCAUGUUUGGUUGAGCAGCGUGUUUGAGCUGAACAGAAAGUUACGGAAAGGGGGACCCUCUGUGAGCUGCGGAGAGGUGGUGUGAAAAGGAGGCAAAAAAAAAGUUUAACAUCCUCCCUGCUUCUCUACGGUCACUACUACACUACGGUGGAGUCGCCCACCAGCCAGAGGAUCAUAGCCAG